AUGUGGUUUUUGAUUCCAAUACUAGCUCCAUUGAUUUUGUUUCCGUUUUAUCCAUUGAGACCGAAUGGGAUUGAAGAAUUACUAAUCGAGUUGGAGAAACCCGUCCCCAUCCCAAUUUAUGUGAAAUAUGGUGAUUAUGGGUUCAAUUUUCCCGAUUUGGUGGAAGCAGCACAGGUCCAACUUGAUAGCGUACAGCCCAAAUCAAAAUACAAUUUUACUUUGGUAGAUAGGCUUCAACUAGGAGGCAAGGAGGUCGUUAUACCACCAAAUGAAUACACAUUAGAGCUUUACUUAGUGGAUGAAGUAGCUGCUAUAUUGGAUAACGAAGACCCCCACAUUUUACUAGCCUACUCACUCAAAAUAGUUCAUUCCAACGAUUUGCCUUAUUUUAUGGUCCAAGCCAUUUCUGACCAUUUGAUCUACUCCGACUUAAUGAGAUUUGGAGAUGUUAACCCCAAUGAUGUGAUGGAGAUUGAAAUCGUGCAAAUUGGAGAUAAUAAGAGAAAUAUUGCUGCUAAUGUGACAGAGUAUCUAAUGAACCACAGUUUCAAUUUCUUAAACUACGACCUUAACUACUCAUCAGCUACCAGAAAACCAGGGGAGCUUAAUAGCAGAACGUUUUAUUUCCAAAUAAACGGGACAGAGGAAGAUGUUUUCAAUAUCAAGGGAGUGGAGGAUUUUACAGCCUUUUAUGAUGUUGUUUAUUAUGGGUUAGAGGAAAUACUAUCUUUGCCAGACCAUCCAAAGAAUAAUUUAAACAUCAGGAUGUUUUCUUUAUUAAAACAUAUUGUCAUUGAAAAGAUACAUAAGAAGGUGAAAGACCUAAAAGCCCAAGGUAUAACGAAGAGGUCGGAUCCUCGGAUACAACAGGUGAAAUCAGUCGUGAGAGAUUUAUACUCCUUGGAAAAAGACUGGCUCAAUUUGUAUAGACAAGUGAAAAUUUGGUAA